AUGGAAUCCUCAAGUCAGGAGAAUUCCAAGUAUGAAUCUCAGACGGAGGCUGCCGGUGCACCUCCCCAAGUAAGUCCGAUGAACGUCAUGAUUGUGAUGACGUUGAUGUUAAUGUUGAGAUUAAGUCCUGUGGGAGUUCCUCGCAAUUCUGGUGAAGCCAUGCGUAGCACGUUUCACGUUGGAUGCCAUCUGCUACCAGUCCUCUUGUACAUUGAGGGUUACUACAGCGGUCUGUUCGCUUAG